AUGCCGGUAUCAAAGCAAAUAGUAGAAGAUAUCCUAAAGACGAUCCCCUCCCGCAUCCGCGGUCCAGGUGGUGCCAUCGCCGUCCUCUCAGACGGUGCCCUUGUGGACCAUCGCGUUUGGGGAUACGCGGACUUCAAUCGCCGAGUACCCAUGACUCCAGAGAUUCAAAUCCCCAUCUGCUCGAUAUCCAAACAGAUGCUCUGCGCUUUGGUCGUGGAUCUAGAACGCAAUCCGACACCGGCACUCAAGGCCAAGGGUGAUGUCAGGGAGCAGUUUGAGACUAAGCUAAAGGAACUUCUGCCUGAGCUAGCCAAGACCGGGAAGCUGAAGCUGGAUGAUCUGUGCAACAAUCGAUCUGGCAUCCGCGACUACUGGGCUAUCACGUUGCUCUGGGGUGCGAAACCAGAGGACCGCUAUUCUCUGGCUGAUCACAAUGGCCCUAUGCUCGAUAGCCUCAAGUCGUUUCACUUUGAGCCGGGUACUGAGUACUCUUACUCCAACACCAACUUCAACAUUGUAGGACGGGUUGUCGAAGCUUGCACUGGAGAGUCGCUCGCAUCUUUGCUUAACGAGCGAAUCUUUAAGCCUGCGGGCAUGAAGACGGCAGAGCUGUGUGCAGAUUCAGCAAAGCUGCCCCCACCAUGUGUCGGCUACGAAGGAGACGAGAUCCGCGGAUACAUCCCCGCCGAGAACCGCAUCGAAUGGGCUGGUGACGCUGGUAUCAUCGCUUCUCUCACGGACAUGAUUGCUUACGAGUCAUUCCUGGAUCGUAGCGUGUUUGACCCCGAGAGCUGGUACCGCAAGAUCUUUCAGCCCUCGACGUUCAGCGACGGCGUCCCUUCGACAUAUGCGCAGGGUUUAGCUCAUACCGAGAUUGGGAGCGUGGGGGCCAUCGGUCACGGAGGUGCUCUGCGUGGCUACAGACUUUAUCGAGCUCAUGUACCAGAGGAACGAUUGUCAGUCGUGGUCAUGUUCAACCAUGAGGCCGACGCAGCAACGCUAUCAGAGUAUAUUAUCCAGAACAUCCUGGGUCUUCAGAAGCCAAUGGCGCCUGCUCUGAUUGAUGCAUCGCCUACCUGGCCCGGUUUCUAUCUUGACGAGGGUACACAAUUGGCCAUCACUGUGACCCUUGGCCAGAAGGGCCAGGUCCUGGUUACAUAUGCUAACUACGUCGAGCCUGUCAAACUAACUGACCCCGAGCGCGGCGAAUCCAAGGGCAUGGCGGCUGUAAUCAACGGUGACAUUCUUCGCAUCCAACGUCUAAAGGAGAACAGGGCCAUAACUGCCAAGCGUCUCACGCUUGGAACUAUUGCUAUUGACAGUUCGCCUAUCGAAGGCGACUUUUACUCCCCAGAAAUCAAUUCGACUUUCCACUGUGUCAACCAAGGCGGUCUAGUAUUUGGCACGUUUGACGGCUUCUUGGGUCAGAGUCCAGCUCAGUUCAUGCGAUAUCUAGGUGAUGAUGUGUGGGCACUUGCGAACCCACGAGGUAUGGACGCGAAACCGCCUGGUGACUGGACAGUUGUGUUCCGCCGUGAUGAUAAGGGUACUGUUGUUGGGUUGACGAUUGGAUGUUGGCUCGCAAGGAAGAUUGAGUAUGUCCGGAAGUGA